UGAGAUUCUGAACACGGCUGUCCUGACUGGAAAGACGGUCGCUGUCCCAGUAAAGGUAGUGACCAUUGCAACAGACGCCUCUGUCACUGAUGUCUCUGAAGCAGUGAAAUGUCGCUCGACAGACGAGGACGUGGUCAAGGUGUCUGACAGGUGUGACUAUGUUUUUGUGAACGGCAAGGAGAUGAAGGGCAAGAUGAAGAUGAUGGUGAAUUUCACUUACGGAUACCUCAGCGCUCAGCUGGAGCUCUGUGUGUGGAUCCCUCGUCUCCCCCUCCAGAUUGAGGUGUCAGAUACGGAGCUGAGCCAGAUCAAAGGGUGGAAGGUGCCCAUCGCAGGCACAGGUCAAAGGUCCUCGUGGGACAGCGACGAUGAGGAUGAUGAGGACAGGCGUGGACGGAGCUGCACUCUGCAGUACCAACAUGCAAUGGUCAAAGUCCUGACCCAUUUCAUUGCAGAGUCAGCUGAACAACGAGGUCAGACCGCCUUCAUGCUUGGCACUGACUGGCAGGUGGACAUCACAGAGCUUGUAGGGGACUUCCUAAAGGUAGAAGACACCCAGAUUGCUAAGCUGCUUGACAGGAGGAUCCUGGUUGGACAAGACACAGGAAUGACUACUAUCCAGGUUUUGUCCCCACUGUCAGACUCCAUCCUGGCUGAGAAAACAGUAACAGUGGUAGAUGACAAAGUGACCAUCACAGAGCUCGGCGUGCAGCUGGUGACGGGACUGACUAUGGGGCUGCAGUUAAGUCCAGGGAGCAACAGGGCCAUUAUUGCCAGCACCAGCACACAAGACAUUCUGCAGAACCCCAAACAGGAGGCCUUGAUCAGCGCCUGGCUCCAGUUUAGCGACGGUUCUCAGGCUCCACUGGAUCUCUACGAUCCUGACUUCUUUGUGCUGACAGCCACGUCCCUAGAUAAGGAAGUGGUCACUGUGCAGCAGGACCCCUCGUGGAAAUGGCCUGUCAUUGUGACAGAGGCUGAGGGUCAAGGUUUGCUCAUCAGGGUGGAAAUGACUGUCAGCGAAGUUUGCCAGAAGUUCAAGCGCCGCAGCAUCCUGGCUGCAGGAAACUAUAAUGUCAUGGUUAAAUUUGGUCCUGGUGACAGCUCAAGGGGUGGGAGCAACGACUAUGGCCCAGAUGGAGACGACAUGGAGAACAGAGGCAGGCUCUCAUCACAGGACAGGACUGGCCUUGAUACCCACUACUAUGGCAGCUCCAUCUCUGACAUUGAGGAUGGAGUGUCAGGGAGAGCUACCACGACUAGAAGUGCUAUAAUCCGCAGACCUAAACUUUCAGGAGGUGGUCAAAACAUGCCAAUUGACUUUGCAGACUUUCCUGCACAAGUAGAUCUGCCUCACGGCCGUAAUACAGAUGAUGACCUCAUGCACAGCAGUCGAGGACUCACAGACCUGGAGAUUGGCAUGUAUGCCUUGCUUGGCGUCUUCUGCCUUGCCAUCCUAGUCUUUCUCAUUAAUUGCGUGUCAUACACUCUCAAAUACCGCCACAAGGAGCUCUCCAUUGAGGGCCAGGAGAACUUGAACCAUGCCCACGACUGGGUGUGGCUCGGGAACGAGGCGGAGCUGCUGGAGAGCCAGAUCAGCCUGUCACCUCAGCAGGAGGAGCAAACCUCCAUGAUAGACUCGAGCAGUGGCCUGGAGGAGGGCAGCCACCUGCUGAAUGGUGGCUCCAUGCAGAAGAACGUGCAAGGACAGGUCCACCGGGCCGCCGACACAGCAAAGGACGGCAAAGGAGACUCCCCCACCACAAAGAGGAAAAGAGUCAAGUUCACCACGUUUACCACUCUUUGUUCAGACGAUAGCCGCCCAGCUGUUAAUACACUUACAGGAAGUCACAGCCAGGACAUCAAGUGGGUGUGCCAGGACGUUCAGCUGGGAGACUCAAAGGAAUUGCGUAAUUACAUGGAAAGGUUAAAUGACAGUGCUCUAAAAGAGGUGGCAUAAUCUACUGUGUGCACUUGUUGUGAACUCACCUUUUUGCCUUUCAGAGAAAAUUGGGUCUAAACAGACCCGUGUCUGGGGAAAGAGGAAGAAAUUAAACCACAGAAUCACCUCAAACUGCCAAAGGGUCAUCAAAUAUAGGAGGACGGCCGUGGAUCCACAUAUUAAAGAAACAAAAACAAACAGAAGGUGAUCAGGUGGAUUUAGUCUUUCAGAUGAUAAUCUUUUUUUUGUUGUUGUUUGUUAAUCCAGGGAUUAGAAUUCGAUAACCCAGGAUUGAUGUGACAUUUCAGAGACAGAUUUUUAAAACAAACGCUACCCAAGAAACAUAGAUGUUCGGAACUUGUGUGUACAUCAAAAUCAAUUGAAAAGUUUCGUAAUUCUUUGGAUACUUAUUUCAUAAAACAUAUCCCAGAUUAUUGGAGGAGUCUCUGGACGAAAGCAAGCUGAGACGAGCUUCUGCAUGUUGCUGGUAACAAAAAAAAAGGCACAAAUUCCCAAUUUUUUCUUAUCCUCCUCGGUAAGGAAGAAAUCUUAUGUACAAACUGUACAUUCUCUAAAUCAUUGUAUUGUUGCUCUGUAUAUCGUAUUUUCAUAACAAUUAAGGAAUACACAAUAAUGUCAAAACUGUACAUCUGCCUUUUUUAAUCGAUUUUCG